AUGGAGAAUCCUGCAGCCGGCCCUCAACCACCGCUGGCUGCACGCCCUGGACGAGCAGCAGCAGCCGCCUGCCCUAGACCAUCGCUUCCGUCAGCCCCGGCUGUGAGCCACCGGCCUCCACUGGACUCGGUCGUGAACCACCGUCCUCCACCCACCAUGAAUCUACCUGACGAGCACGCACCACUGCGGCCCGUCGUAAUCAGCGGCCUCGCUGCUCCUCAGUCCCCAACCACGCACCCGCCUCCUCGUAGCCCUGCCCAGGCUUCAUCAUGUACACCUGAAUGUGAUGAAAACUUGAAGCCCGCUGUAGGUAUGGCUUUUGACAAUAUGGAAGAAGUCGAGGAGUUCUACAAGGCAUAUGCACACAAUGUAGGAUUUUCAGUUCGAAUUGGACAGAAGAGGACUGUAGAUAACGUUGUAGUCUGGAGGCGUUUUCUUUGUGGCAAAUCAGGUUUUCGAAGAAAUAAUGAGGAGGAACCCAAGAAGGAGUUGAAUGGAGAGAAGAAAGGUGACGAGAAGAAAAGAACACAUGCAAGAAAGAUCACAAGAUGUGGUUGCGAGGCCAUGAUAACCGUGAAGCGUAUGAAAGAUGGCAAAUACGCGGUAUCAUAUUUUCAUGAAGAACACACCCAUGAAUUUGUCACACCUAGGAAGCAACAUUUAAUCAAGUCUAACCGACAAGUCAGUGAUAAGGCCAAGGACACACUAUUCACAUGCCACGCAGCUAGCAUUGGAACAGCUGGGGCCUUUAGAUUGCUUCGUGUUGGUGAGGGCGGUUUUGAGUUCGUGGGGUGCACAAAGAGAGACCUGCAGAAUUAUCAUCGUGACAUGAGAAGUACUUUCAAGGAUUCAGAUGCUCAAAUGUUCAUUGACAACCUCAGGAAGAGGCAGGAAAUCAACCCAGGAUUCUUCUUUGAGUAUGUUUUGGAUGAUAAAAACUGGUUGACACAUGUGUUUUGGGCUGAUGCUUGUUGCAGAAAGAAUUAUGCUUUAUUUGGAGAGAUGGUGUCUUUCGACUCUACAUAUAGUACCAACCAAUACGGCAUGAUUUUUUGCCCAUUCACAGGAAUAAACCAUCACAUGGCAUCUGUUUUUUAUGGUGCCGCCUUGAUUGUUAAUGAGACGAUAGAGUCGUAUAAAUGGGUGUUUCAGACAUUCUUAAAAGCAAUGGAUGGUGCAGCACCUAGACUCAUCGUAACUGAUGAAGACCAAAGCAUGAAGAUUGCAAUUGAAGAUGUUAUGCAUAACACUGUCCAUAGGUUAUGCAUGUGGCACAUAAUGAGAAAGCUUCCGGAAAAGGUUGGUCCUCCGCUGAGAGAGGAUGAACAUUUCUAUAGUACCAUUAACUCAUGUGUAUGGGGCUCUGAAAACCCGACUGAAUUUGAGGCAAAAUGGUCUUCCAUGAUUUCUGAAUUUGGUCUAGAGGACAACACAUGGUUUUCUAGGAGAUAUGAACUUCGUGAAUCUUGGAUACCGGCCUACUUCAGAGGUGUAUUCUUGGGUGAGAUUCUAAGAACCACUUCAAGGUCAGAGAGUGCUAACUCGUUUUUCAACCAUUUUAUUGGUUACAAACAUGCUUUGGUCGAGUUUUGGAUUAGGAUUGGUACAGCUCUAGAAGAACAACGCCAGAAUGAACUCAAGGCUGACCAUGAAUGCCUCAAUUCUAUGCCUCCACUGAUUACAUCCUGGGAGAUCGAGAAGCAUGCUAGCCUGUUCUUCACUCAUGCAUUUUUCUCAUCUUUUCAAAAGGAGAUCCACCACUCAAAUACAGUACAGGACAGCAAAAUUACAGAUAACACUUUGUUCUUCAGGUACAGGAAAACAACUGGGUAUCCGUCGCAUCAAGGCAACACCGCGGCCGCCGGGUCUUCGUCGCGUGGGUGCAGCGCGAGCCGCGAGGUCGCCGUGGAGGAGUUCCUCGUUGCAGAGGUUGCCGUGGAGGAGGUCGUCGCUGCUGAGGUCGCCGUGGAGGAGGUCGCCGUCGCACGGGCCAUCUCCUUCGUGGAAGUCGCCGUCGCCCGGUUGGAGACCAGAGAACACCGCGCGCUGCCUGGUCGAGGGCUGGUCGAGGCUGCCGGUCCAGGGAGGGCGGACGACGCUGUCGAGGACGGGCGGCCGGCGUUGGCGAUUGCAGGCGACGCUGCACAACAAUGGGGAAUUUUGAGAUGA